AUGGCCGAGGAGGAGGAAGUCAACCCGAAGGCCUACCCCUUGGCCAAGGAGACACUGACCGUCACCAUCCUGGAUUUAGUUCAGCAGGCGGCUAACUACAAGCAGCUGAAGAAGGGUGCUAACGAGGCCACGAAGACCCUAAACCGUGGCACAGCAGAGCUCGUGAUCCUCGCUGCGGAUGCUGAGCCGCUGGAGAUCCUUCUGCACUUGCCACUAGUGUGCGAAGACAAGAACGUGCCCUACGUCUUUGUGAAGUCCAAGACGGCUUUGGGCCGAGCCUGCGGUGUCUCCAGGCCGGUGAUCUCCUGCUCGAUCACAUCAAAAGAAGGUUCCCAGCUCAACACACAGAUACAGGAUCUGAAAGACCAGAUCGAGAUGAUCCUUGUCUGA